AUGGUUCAAUUUCUGACAAAUGAAAAAGACGAUUUUAAUGCUGAAGGCAAUUAUGAAAAAAUAGUUUUGUGCAUGCCUGCUCUUACUAGUAAGUUGGAGAUAGUUAAAUCUCUGAUAAAUGAAGAAGCGGUCGAUUUUAAUGCUACGGACAAUAAUGUCAUGACAGUUUUGCACAUGGUUACUGCUAACCAUGACAAUAGUAGCAAAACAGAUUUGCACACGGCUGCUGUCUCUGGUAACUUGGAGAUGGUUAAAUUUCUGAUAAAUGAAAGAAAGGCCAAUUUUAACGCUAAAGACAACGAUGGCAGAACCGUUUUGUAUAUAGCUGAUGUAUGUGGUCAUGUGUUUGAAUUCCUGAAAAAUAUAGAAAUUGUCGCCCCCUGGAGAAGCUUUAGCAUCGUUAGCUAG